AUGAAUUUUUCAAAAGUGGGAAUAAGCACAGCCACAGUACUUAUGAUAUACUACGAUCAGAAGACCCCACGAUUCAUACCAGAAGCGCCAGCUCUCCAAAAUGGGGAUGUUUCCAAUGCCACCUUUACUCAAUCAACUGAAGUUGUUGAUUCAUGCUCUUCUGAGAAUCAUUUUCUUAAAAAGUACAUAAAUUCAAAAACAUCACAGAUCAGAUAUGAAAUAUUGCGAUGUGAAGCAGAAGCAGCCGAUUUUAAUUUAAAAGAAAUAUCUGUGAUAGGACACAGGGGGCAUGGGAUGGAUUGCUUUAAUAAGCCGUUAGAUUUAGCAGGAGAAAACAGCCAGCAUUUGAUAAAAGAAAACACAAUCAAGUCUUUUAUGCUGGCACAUAGGAAGAAGGCUCAAAUGGUCGAAAUGGAUAUUCAUAUGACCAAAGACCGAAAAUUGGUAGUAUUUCACGACGAUGUGAUAGACAAAAGAAUGGUGGCAGAAAUGGAGUAUCUUGAGUUUCUAGAACAGACUGAAAGCACAGAAAAAGAGUUUGAAACAACCAAUACAACCCUCGACAAUAUUUUGAGAUACCUGCCCGAUGAUCUUGCACUUUAUCUUGAAAUUAAAUACAGUCAUAACCACAAAUACAGCAAUUCAUAUGAAAUUGAUCUGAUUCAAGGACUAAUAACGCUACUUCAGUCUUACCCUAAAAGAAAAAUUGUGCUUGCCUCUUUCUCACCGCUGAUUUGUGAGCUGCUGAAGAGCUACUGUCCUGGAUAUAAGACUUGCUUCCUGAUAGGAGAAGAGUCGAUGAAAUUCUCUAAAGUCGGGGAUGAAGAGUUUUGCAAGAUCGUAGCUGAAUUUGCCAAGGGGUGGAAUAUCGACGGCAUUGUUGUAGAUACUGAAAUUGUACCAAGAAUUGGGAAUAUCAUCAGCCAGUGUAAAGACAGCCUAUGCUUGAUGUGCUAUGGAGAUGGUGCAAAUGAUAUUGAACAAGUCAAAAAGUUGAAAGAGAUGGGAUUUAGUGGAUUUUGCACGGACAGCAUUGACAUAUAUGCUCUGUAA